AUGCAGACCAUAAAAUGUGUCGUUGUCGGUGACGGUGCCGUCGGAAAAACCUGUUUGCUGAUGUCUUACUCCACAAACAAGUUCCCUUCAGAGUACGUGCCUACCGUGUUCGAUAACUAUGCCGUCACCGUAAUGAUCGGUGACGAGCCCUUCAUGCUCACUCUUUUCGAUACUGCUGGCCAGGAAGAUUACGACCGCCUGCGUCCUCUUUCUUAUCCCCAGACCGAUGUUUUCCUGGUGUGCUUCAGCGUCACCGCCCCUGCCUCGUUUGAAAACGUCAAAGAAAAAUGGCUUCCCGAGGUCCGCCACUACUGCCCUGGUGUGCCCAGCCUGAUUGUCGGUACCCAGAUUGAUCUCCGAAACGAUCCGGCUCUCAUUCAAAAGCUAGCCCGCUCAAAGCAACGGCCCGUCACCCCCGAGCAAGGCGAGCGCUUGGCUAAAGACGUCGGCGCAGUCAAGUACGUCGAAUGUUCCGCCUUAACCCAACGCGGUCUAAAAAAUGUAUUUGACGAGGCGAUUGUAGCCGCCCUCGACCCCCCCAAGAGCAGCUCUGGCGGCCGCUCCAGCGGCAAGAAGUCUAAAAAGUGCAUCAUUUUGUAA